AUGGGAGGCGACAAAGAGAGCUUGAGCCUAGCUACCCUGGCCAGCGCUGCCUUUGGAGUUCUGGGCUUGGGGAUGAUCCUGUUUGGAGCCCUAGUCGCCUGGGCCCACAUCCUGCCAGUGGAGCGAGACACCGGGCUUACGCUUCUAGGGAUCGGCGUCUUCCUCUACUUCUUUCACGUCUUAGAAGCCUUGUGUGGGAGCAAGACCUCCAAGUAUCUUUCUUGGGUUUUGAGUGAGACCCAGUUUCAAGACUACGUGAAAGAGCUGCAAGAAGCCCGGCCUUUGAUCCGGUGGUCGAUCCAAAACUAUCAUUAUGAAGAGCACAGAAGCAGAGACAAAGAUGGAAGAGAACGCGUUGAGAGGAAGAGGGUGAACACCCACAGUGCUGUUGGACAGUAUGACAUCAAUGGCUUCGCGGAUGAAACCCUUUCACCAGAGCAGACCAUUGCCAUGUUCCAUUUGAUGUAUGACGGUGAGCAGGAAGAUUUGGAGGCAAGCAAGAAGAAGCCCAUUUCGAGGCUCUUUCUGCUAUGCGCGAUGCCGCUGGAGUACCACCCCAUCGAUGAUCAGGAGGAGUCCCGUUUGUCGAACUGCCGGGAGAGAUUUUACAGCGACAAUACCACAGACACGCAUCAGGACAAAGACUCAAAUGAUCUCAUUGGGUGUCCAUACAAAAGCCAUGUCAUGGUGAUUCUGAAGGAGGGCACGGAUAAUAGCCGAGCGAGACCGUGGUGGAUGACGUAUUGCGUCUACGUGGUCUGCACCCUUUUCCUGCUGAGUGUGCCAUAUCGUUACUUCUUCUUCUCCCAGUGUACGAAGAUCAGUUGGGAGGUGUUGAAGCAUUUCUCUCACAAGCCUCAGGAUGCAUGGGGUGAGGAGCCCAAGCACAGCCGCGCCCAGCGCACCGAUGCUGCGUCCAAAGCCUUCCGGAAAGUGAAGCGCGAGACGCCCGUCCAAGGCGCUCACGGGAAGUUGCCCAAGGCCUGGCACGAAGUGGAAGAAGAGGAUGUCGGGCCACCAGUUCAGGUCCCGGUUGGGGUUCCAUCUUAUUGGAAGAACCGGGAUUUGGGUAAAGACUUUGAUGAGAAGAUCAGCUUGUCGGUGGAUGAGAGGGGGAAGAUGCAGAGUCUGCUGGAUGCGACCUUCAAGAAUAAAGCUACAAGAGAUCGCAAAGACGGCGACAUGCCAAGCAGGCUGGUGGUGACGCAAGUCAUUCGCAUGGAAGACAGCAAGAUGUGGCGACGCUUCGAGCAGAAACGCGCAGAACUCGCUGUGAAAGGCCGACCGAAGCUCAUGGAGGAGAUGCCAGGGAGUGGCGGCUUUAAGACCAGCAAUGCCGGUAUGGAGCUAACCUCGGACUUGAAUGAGCCUUUGGCCCCACUACAUGAAGCGUAUCUCUUUCACGGCUCUUGCCCCGGCGGCGCCUUGGGCAUCGGAGAGAAUGGCUUCGACAUGAGCCGCGUGGGCUCCAACGUGGGCACCAUGUUCGGGGCAGGCGCCUACAUGGCGGAGGCGUCCAGCAAGAGCGACGAGUAUUCCUCGGAGGAUCCCGUCGGCCUCUUUGCCGGGAAGCGGGCGCUCUUGCUUUGCCGCACCCUUUUGGGGAACAUGUUCUACAUCACGGAGUCCAACAUCCCAAGGAUCGAGGAUGCCCUGGCCACAGGGAGAUUUCAAGCGGUUCUGGGUGAUCGGGAAGCGGUCGUGGACACCUAUCGAGAGUUCGUGGUUUUCGAUGACGCUCAGAUCUACCCUGCGGAGGUUUGGAUCUUGGGGGCCGCGUACCUCUACUUCGCCUCCAUGCGCCAGCUGGUGCAGGCGCUCGAGAACUUCUCCUCGCAGCGGCACGUGGCGUACCAGUCGCCCAAGCGGGCAGAAAAAGACGAGGAGCUGCCAGAAUUCGGGUUCAGCCACGCGGUGAGCUGUGAGGCGCGGCUGAGCCCGGAGUACAUCAUCAUCGACCUGGACGUGGUGCGCCAGAUGGAGUCCACGGCUGUGAGCGCGUUCCAGGAGAUCUUGAGCGUAGCCAAGGAGCAGGCGUGUGUCCUGAUCCUGGCACGUCCGGACCCUUGCGUGCUACAGCAGAUGGAGAACUUCCAGCUUCCCUUGCGAAGGCUGCACGAGGCGCCGGUUCCUCUGCCGGAAGAUGAGCUGGGCGGCGACGCCCUGCUGGUGGCGGAGACCUUAGAUCAGGCGCUGGAGUUCGUGGAGGAGUCGUUUCUGCAGGCGUAUCAGCCCGCGCCCGGCCAGUGCCGGGGCCAUGACCACUCAGAGAUCAGGCGGAGGCUCGCCAGCUUCGUGGGCCCUUCCUUGGCGCUCCACGGGGUGUUCCUGGAUUUCCACGUGUGGCUGGACGGCUACUUCCCCAGCUACCACCCCCAGAUCUUUGAGCACCUGGCGCCCUUCCUGGAGAUCCGGAAGCUCCAGGAGCGCGAGGUCCUCUACCGCGCCCCGCCCUUCCGUAGCUUGCAGCGAGGCGGCGCAUGGAUGUGCGAGGCAGAGAAGGGCAAAGAGCCUCCGCUCGUCUGGCUCCUGCAGGGCGGAGCGGAUCACAUUUGGAACCCCAACAGCGAGACGGAGCAGUCGGUCAGGGCGUUUGAGGACAUGUAUCGCUUGUCCCCGGGCAGCGCCUUUGAGAAGGCCCGGAUCGUGGAGAAGCGGGGCUCCUGGUGCGCCGGGCCCUUCAGCACGGCCAGGGCCUUCCUGGCUGGCUCCGCGCACCCCGGCACGCUCAUCUCUACGGAUGCCAGCACAGUGGCCAUCCUGCGGCAGCAGGCCUUCGAAGAGCUUCCGGGCCACUUGCGGCGGAUUGUGACGGCGCCCCGGUCUUCGGAGUUUUCGGAGCUCGUUUUAGGCAGAAGACAGCGCGAGAAGAAGAAGCAGAACAUAAGGCGGACGUGGGCUCUGCAAGGCGCGGAUCAAGGACAAGGCGGGAUGAGAGAGGUGGUGGUGAUGAAGGGCCUGGUGGCCCAAAACCAGUUCCUCCAGAAAGAGCUGCAAGAAAUGAAGGUUCUGGAGGAGCGAAUCUUUUUGGAGACCAAGGUUCGGGAUAUCCAGCCGGUGUGGGAGAACCUCAAGGGCCAGGUGGAGUUGAUGGAGCAGAACCUGGUGGCUCUUGGAUCUGAUGGGUCAGAGGUGAACAUCCUCAAGGAGUACGAGGUUUUGGGGAUGCCGGAGAGGGGCAGCUGCCCCACUGGACGGUUGAUCUUCCGGCUCUUCAAGAGGUAA